AUGCGGAAGAAAGCGCUGCCAUUUAACCAGAUACGUGCAGGUCCCCGGGGGCUCACUCCACCACCUCUCCGGGUAAUUAUUCACGACGACAAGUCCAUCUUCUCCAAGUUCUAUGAGGAACGCUUGUACCGCCUUGUCCUCACCGCCGCCAGCUACGGUUACACGAGGGACAAGGCUGACGGCGACCACACGCCCCACAUGUCCGGCUACCACUCAAGAAUGUCCGCUACAGCACCUGAUAAGACAGCUACAGCACCUGAUAAGACAGUUACAGCACCUGAUAAGACAGUUACAGCACCUGAUAAGACAGCUACAGCACCUGAUAAGACAGCUACAGCACCUGAUAAGACAGCUACAGCACCUGAUAAGACAGCUACAGCACCUGAUAAGACAGCUACAGCACCUGAUAAGACAGCUACAGCACCUGAUAAGACAGUUACAGCACCUGAUAAGACAGCUACAGCACAUGAUAAGACAGCUACAGCACCUGAUAAGACAGCUACAGCACCUGAUAAGACAGCUACAGCACCUGAUAAGACAGCUACAGCACCUGAUAAGACAGCUACAGCACCUGAUAAGACAGCUUCAGCACCAAGUAGAGAGCUUACACGCUCUAGCAGCCGUUACGUCAAAAGAGGAGUCUUAGAUUAG